CCUGGCCCAGAGACCGAGCAGCGCGCCACGCGGGAAGAGGCGCUCCAUCGGGGUCCUCGGGCUCGUGUUUGUGGCACUGACCGCGUAGCAACCAGAGCAGAAGGGAUCCCAAGACCCCCCAAUAAAGAGGACUUCGUCUUUACCGAUAGAUCCUUACUAUUCUUGUUGCUCUCCGCUCCCCUCCCGCCUCGUCCCCCGUGUGCCAUGGCCAGGCGAGGCUGGGCUGGGCAUCCUCUCUGCGUGGCGGUGGCUCUGCUUUGGGCGGCAGCCAGUCCUGCCCAGGCGGGGAGGCAGUUUGUCAACGAGUGGGCAGCCGAGAUCCCCGGCGGCCCCGAGGCGGCCCAAGCCAUCGCCCGCGAACUGGAGUACGAGCUUCUCGGGCAGAUUGGAUCACUUGAAAAUCAUUAUCUCUUCAGACAUCAAAGCCACCCAAGAAGGUCUCGAAGAAGCGCUAUUCUCAUCACAAAAAGGCUGUCAGAUGACCAUCGAGUUUCUUGGGCUGAACAGCAGUAUGGGAAAAAACGAAGUAAACGUUCAGUAUUCAAAGGCUCAGCAGAAAAUCUUUUCAAUGAUCCGAUGUGGAAUCAACAAUGGUAUCUGCAAGACACAAGAAUGACCCAGUCACUGCCCAAAUUGGAUCUCCAUGUUCUUCCAGUGUGGCAAAAGGGGAUUACAGGAAAGGGGGUUGUCAUAACAGUGCUUGAUGAUGGUUUGGAGUGGAAUCACACAGAUAUUUAUUCUAACUAUGAUCCAGAGGCAAGUUAUGAUUUCAAUGACAAUGAUCAGGAUCCCUUUCCUAGAUACGAUCCAACAAAUGAAAACAAGCAUGGGACGCGAUGUGCAGGAGAGAUUGCCAUGCAAGCAAACAACUUAAAAUGUGGAGUUGGAGUUGCAUACAAUUCCAAAGUUGGAGGCAUAAGAAUGCUGGACGGAAUAGUCACUGACGCCAUAGAAGCCAGUUCAAUCGGUUUCAGCCCAGAUCAUGUGGACAUUUAUAGUGCCAGCUGGGGUCCAAACGAUGACGGGAAAACCGUAGAAGGGCCAGGUAGAUUGGCACAGAAGGCUUUUGAAUAUGGAAUUAAAAAGGGGCGAAAAGGGAAAGGCUCAAUUUUUGUCUGGGCUUCUGGGAAUGGUGGCCGACAAGGAGAUAACUGUGACUGCGAUGGCUAUACAGAUAGCAUCUACACUAUCUCCAUCAGCAGUGCUUCACAGCAAGGCCUUUCCCCGUGGUACGCAGAGAAGUGUUCUUCAACACUGGCCACAGCGUACAGCAGCGGGGAUUAUACUGACCAGAAAAUUAUAAGUGCUGACCUUCAUAAUGAAUGUACCUCCACUCAUACUGGGACCUCAGCUUCUGCACCUUUAGCUGCAGGGAUUUUUGCCCUUGCUCUUGAAGCCAAUCCUAAUCUAACCUGGAGGGAUAUGCAACAUUUGGUAGUCUGGACAUCUGAAUUCGAUCCGUUGGCCAACAAUCCAGGAUGGAAGAAGAAUGGGGCUGGGCUGAUGGUGAACAGCAGAUUUGGAUUUGGAUUACUCAAUGCUAAAGCAUUGGUAGAUUUGGCAGACCCUAAAAGCUGGAAAGGCAUCCCAGAAAAGAAAGAGUGCAUUGUGAGGGACAGCAGCUUUGAGCCAAGGUUGCUAAAAGCUAGUGGUGAAGUUGCCAUUGAAAUUCCCACAACAGCUUGCGAAGGUCAAGAAAAUGCCAUUAAGUCUCUGGAACAUGUACAGUUUGAAGCCACAAUUGAAUAUUCCCGUAGAGGUGAUCUUCAUGUGACCCUAACUUCUCCAUCAGGAACCAACACAGUCCUACUGGCUGAAAGGCAAAGGGACAAGUCGCCUAAUGGUUUUAAAGACUGGGAUUUUAUGUCAGUUCACACCUGGGGAGAGGAUCCAACAGGAACAUGGAGUUUAAAAAUUGUUGAUUUGUCCAGAAGAAUGCAAAAUGAAGGGCGAAUUGUGAACUGGAAAUUGAUUUUGCAUGGCACAUCUACCCGGCCUGAGCACAUGAAGAAACCCCGAAUUUAUACAUCAUACAACACUGUCCAAAAUGAUAGGAGAGGAGUGGAAAAGAUGACAGACUUUGUAGAGGAACACACUACACAGGAGAACCUGAAUGAAAAAACCAAGGAGGCAGAAAUUCCCAGCAGCGACGGGAAAACGAAGGAGAGGCCCUUUUCAGAUGCAAUGAUCCGUCUACUGCAAAAUGCAUUUCAGAGCCAGAUGGCCAGCAAUCAAGUCUCAAAGAAGAGACUUAAUGGAAACUCCAACAUUCCCUAUGAACAUUUCCAACAAGCUCUCGAGAAACUAAACCGAGCCUCCCAGUUGAAAGACUCAGAGGAGUCUCUGUAUAAUGACUACGUUGACCUUUUUUACAAUUCCAAACCAUACAAACAUAGAGAUGACAGACUACUGCAAGCCUUGGUUGAUAUUUUGAAUGAUGAAGAUUAAAAAAAAGAUACAGCGAAAAGCACUAGGUUGGAAAUAUUCACCCGCUUCAUCUCCAUAGCACUCCUCAUUUCAGAUUAAGUCCUGCUUAUUCUGGCAAUUUGCAUGAACACAGCUUUCAUUGCAUUGUAUUUAUGAAUGACCUAAAGAAUGGAAAAAGCAGGAAGAAAUUCAGCUUCUUAGAUGUGAGAUAAUCACUGGUUUAUUCAAAGCAUUCAGCAAUCCUUUCAGAAUAGGCAUCCUUUUUCAAGAAUAAAAUAAAACCUUGAUCUUCAGAAAACACUGGAGAUUCAGGGCAGGAAUAUUUUUUCAAUAAACUAACAAAAUAUAUUAGCCAUGGUUACAGGUGAGACCCAUCCCAAAAUAUAAUGCUUUCAGGGACCUCCUUGUCUGUUUUUGCCAAGCAACAGUGCCUGACCUUCAUAAGGUUUUUGCUUCGCUUUUGGAAACUUGAAAGGGAAAUCCAUACUUUAGCAACAUAUCAGCAUAGGAAGAAUAUCUAAGAAUAUCUAAGCCCACAUCAGGGGAUACUCUUUCCAUUGAGUUCAGGAGAUAUUAUUUCAGAUCAAAGGACACCAAAGCUAGCAAUCAUAUUCUUUUACAUCAAUUUGCAAAAGAAAUACUGAAUUAUCUGCUUUCCACACAAUACUGUUAUGUUUUUCUAGUGCAAUCUAUGUGUGACUUCUCAGAGUAAGUCCCACUGAUUUCAAUGGGACUUACUCCAAGGUGAGUAAAGUUACCAGGGAAAUACAGUACAGGCAGUCCCCGAGUUACAAACAUCUGACUUGCAAAUCAUUCAAAGGGGGUGAGACAACAGGAAAUUAGAGAAAUCUACUCCUAGGAAGGGAGAUUCAUUCCUGAAAAGAGUUAUUAUCAUGGGGGAAAGGUGUCUCCACUGAAGCUCUGUCACUAAUCCUUGUUUCCACAAUACCCAAAGGGGUGUUAACCCUUCCUAAUGCUAUCCAAAGCUAUAUAAAGAUAUAUUUCUGGCAGGAGUUACAUUUAAAUAAUAUACCUGUUCCGAAUUACAUAUAAAAUUCAACUUAAGAACAAACCUACAGAACAUACCUUGUUCAUAAUUUGGGGACUGCCUGUUUGUGCUUUGUUGUUGUUGUUGUUGUUGUUGUUGUUGUUGUUGUGUGUCUUCCAAGUCAUUUCCAUUUCUUAAAUUGUUGAUAUUCUUUCUUCCAAUUUUCAUGCCUCCUCUCUUUGAAUCUAAUCAUUUUACGUAUAUGUUCGGCUUACAAAUUAAACAGAUAGGAUGACAAAAUCCAGCCUUGUCUGACCCACUUGCCAAUUGGAAACCAUUUCAUUUUUCCAUGUUCUCUUCUAAAAUUAGCCUGUUACCCUCAGCACAUGUUACACAUCAGGACACUCCAUUUCUUUAAGAACGGUCCAUAGUUUUUAAUGAUCUACACAGUCAAGGGUUUGCUGUAAUCUGUAAAGUGCAGGUUGGUUUUCUUCUGUAUUUUUUAUUUUGUUGAGUCCUAUUCUUACAAUGUGAUUCCCAGUGCCUUUGCCAUUUCUGAACCCAACUGGGAUAUUUAAUAUUUCUUCCUCAGUCUCAGAAAUUUCCUAUUGCGUGCACUAUGCAUGUGCUUCCAGGAAGACAAACAGGUGCAUGCCAUGGGUUCCAACUAACCUUGAAAAAUGUGGGUAUACCAAUAACCAUGGUAUAGUUGCUAAUGCACAAUGACUAUCAUGGCCAUUAUUGAAAGCACAUAUACAUUUGCUGUUCCCCAAAUCAGCAAGAGCAAAUUCCCCCCUUUUCCAUGCUAAUGGUUGUUUCUCUGGGCUUUUUCCUGUUUUACUUUCUGUUUUCAUAUUCCCUUGUUCGGGAAAAAUGCCCUUAUUGUAAUACAGUUCUAGCACUGAAUUUCAUUGUAUUCUAGCCACCUCAAUUUCCUCUAGUAAUGACAAAAAACUUUAUGUUAAAGAGAAUGCAUGAUUACUACACAGUUGGUCCUUUGCAUCCAUGGAUUUAACCAUCCACAGCUUGAAAAUAUGCCCGACCACCCCUCAAAAAAUAAAUAUUACAAAAAACAUUCCUUGGUUUUGCUAUUUCAUAUAAGUGACACUUACAUAAUUUUAAUACUCCAUUGUACACUCCAUGUGAUUUUGGUAUCCAUGGGUAAUCCUAGAACCAAACCUCAGGGGAAACCAAGGGCCAACUGUAUAUUCCAAAUCCAAAUAUGAUAUCCCUUAGAUCAGUGGUUCUCAACUUGUGGGUACCCAGGUGUUUUGGCCUACAACUCCCAGAAAUCCCAGCCAGAUCAACAACUGUUAAGAUUUCUGGGAGUUAAAGGCCAAAACAACUGGUGACCACAGGUUGAGAACCAUUGCCUUAGUUGUAAUAAUCUGUUUUCCUUUUGACCUACUAUUAACACUACAAAAUAGUGGUAGGUUUUGACAGUGAUUUUACGUGAAUGUUCUCCACUUCCAACACCAUUUAGGCCUUAAACUUUAAAGAACUAGGCAUUUCAGUGAUAAAAUUGCCUAAAUCAAUGAAAGAAGUGAUGGAAAAAAAAGAAAAGCAAAUAGCAAUGUCUGAAAACCUGGGAACUACAGUAUGGAAAACAUAAAGCUUCUAACCCUCACAAAUAUCUCACAUAAUUAUAUAGAAUUCUUUCUUGAGAAAAUAGUAGAACAAAUAAUUAUCCAUUGCUUAUUAUCAUUCCACACCUUAAUAACUGCUGCAGCAAUGGCCAGUACCUGAUUAAUAUAUUUAGGCCAACUAUUUAUAAUAUGUGGUUUUGCUUAUUUGGUUUUUCUUUAAGAUCUUAAGAUUGUUGCCUAUAAUGCAAUUUACUGGACCCACAAAAUCUAUAAUUAAAUUAAUCUGAUACAACUUGUAUUGCUUGAAUGUUUCCAACCUAGAGUGCAUUGUAUAUAGACUUUAAAUUAUUUUUGUUAGUCCUUUUCUGGUGCCAGUAUAUGUUUUGUGAAAAUGAAAGAUACAAAAUGUUUUAUCUCAAAGAAACUGAACAUUAUAUUUUCUUUACAGGUAUUUAUAAGAUAUUAAAGCUUUUAUCAGAUGCAAUUUAAAGAAGAAUAAAUGAUGACAAACUUUAAAAAUAAUAAAUUAUAACAAAACUUUUUUUAUUUAAGCAAAAUGACCUUUGUCCAAUGAAGUAUUUUAAUGGCAUGUUGUAAUGACAACAGCCACGUGUAUGUGAUGCGAUGUGAUGUGAAAAGUUAUAUUUGUUUUAUCAUAGCAAAUACAUAAUACAGCAUAAUGUGUUAGCAGA